AUGGCUCGGCAACUGCAAGCAAACGGAACGACUAAGGAACAGAAUGAUAACGUCAGAUUGUCACCAGGACCUAAACGCCGACGUUCUUCAAAGAUCAUUUCCCCCUCAAAAAUCUCAGUGGCUCGGUCACAGCAGGCAAGCGAAACAACUAAGAGACAGAACGAUGAAACAACCAAAAAACACAGCAAUGGCGUCAGAAUGUCGCCAGGACCUAAACACCGACGUUCUUCAAUGGUCAUUUAUCAGACUAACAUAGCUCGAAUGGCGCCGCCCGAAGGGCCAAACGCAGAUCCCGCCAACUCAGAAACGUCUGCGACUCGAGAUUCGGAUCGUCAAACCAUGUUAUCAGGCUUCGAGCCUCGAGACGCGGGAACCCCCCGGCAUGCUCCUGAAGCUGAUCCCGAUGCCCUACCAGUUGAUUCGAUGGAUCCCUCACCAGUUUCGAAUGCCUCCCAAGCAGAACCAGAUUUCCCAGAAGGUGAACCAGACUCGCCUCAAUCGCAGUCGGACGCUAGAGCUUCACAAAUAAUUUCAAUUGAGGACAUUACUCCCUAUGAGACAAAAUCUCGACCGUCCAUAUCUAGAGAUACAACCUUGGGUCUGACCAGUUCCUAUGAUACGCCAAAACGGGAAAGGCCUCGGUUGGGGAGGCAAACAAGGUCGAAAUUUGCAAAAGAAAAAAUGUCACAAUCAGCAUCCGCUCAGAGCUCCCUGCUUUCUGCCAUAUGCUCGGACACCCUCAAACUUCCAAGGGCAACUUACCACUAUUGGAAAUGGCCUGUUCUUCUCUACAUUCUGUGGUUGCUUUUCAGUCAUUUGAGCGCCGCAGUCUACAUGACCAUUACGGAGAAGUUCGAGCCCAUCUGUUCACUCCCUCUGGUAGGCCAGAAGCUUCCCAUGUGCCAUCAUCAGUUCGAAGCACCGAUUAAAGCGACGAGCCCCACAAGAAUUUCUACCACUGAACAACAGAUGGAAAACGUGGUAAACCUGGCCCAGGAGAGUUACGGUGUGGGCAAAAUCAUUUUGUCGAAAGAAUUCGCGCUUAGAGACCUACGAAUUCGUGUAAGGUACAGCAAGCUGAGAUUCAAAAAUGAAUUUCUAGAAAAGAUGGAUGUUUUGAUUCCUCUCUCGAGGAACAGCUCUGACGGUCUUACAAAGUUCGCUGUACGAGUUUCAGGCUUAUCCAGUUCUGCCAUCUCAGCUAAUAGGUUUGCCGUCAACACCCUACAAGAUAUCAUUGUUCAACAGAACAGCCCUCCAUCGCUUGCACAGAUCCUCGCUUCAUCCUUGCUGCCGUUUUCUGCGUUCAAUCCUAUUUACAAAAAUGAGCUUGAAAUUAGGGAUGUACUCAUGCAUUCAAUCAUUCAGGUGAAUGCCCGGCUUGUUUCUCUGAUUGACUUAGCUUCUUCCAACCUAGACAACCUGGAGCGAAUACUAGAUAAUCUAGCUGAGAUCAGAGGAUUUGCAGAGCAAGAGCACCAACAUUCGCCCGAAAAGGCUGUGCUCGCUGAGCUCUGGCUAUGGCUGGCUCGGCACGACGAUUUUGAGACCUACAAAUCACAUCACAUAUUGCUGACUGACAUAACCGUGUUCUACAAAACCGCUCUAGAUGUCAUGAGAGUGACGGUACAGGCCCUCCUGAAAAUGCGAUCGGAUCUAGAUGAGUUCGAGGACCUUCACACCAGCCCUGCCAUCGCCUGGAGGGAUGUUCCGUUGCAAGUCACAAUCGAUACGAUGAACGAUGCGGUGAGGAGGCUAGAAUCAGAAAGAAAACAGCUUGAGGGGAUGUGGCCGUUUUGA